AUGGGAAAUACACCCUCUACCAACACGAGGCCAACUGCUUCGACACCUCAUUCGCAUUCUCCCGCACCCUCGAGCCAUAGUAAUGACUCAUCAAGAACAUCCUCAGCUCGCAGAGAUCCAAGGAAUUUGAUACACACGCAUAGGACUGCUGCGAGAGCAGAACCUUCUCUUGCACAGGCUCACGGAUCGAAUGUCACACACCGCCCGCGCAACUCCCAAUCACACCCUGCUGCACAAUUCAAUAAUUCUUUGCCGAAUUCGGGAGUCAAUACACCUUCGGCGCAUGACAGAGAACCACAAGCAGGCCUGCAAUCACAUAGACAGGAACCAGAGACAGAAAAGAUCGCCGUGAGAGAUCAGCCAACCAAGCCAGUUGAUGUUCCCAUGCCAUCCUCCAAUUACGACACUGCAACGUCCAGAUCCCAUUCACAUUCCCUAUCGAGCCCUCAAGCCACAUCUGUCGACCCUUCUGGUCCCCCCUUCAGGAUAUGUCGUAUCAUCUUUCGCGACCUCCGAGGCUUCCACUGCCAAUUGAGGAGGAAGUGCACACCCCAGGUCACACCGGCUGAUUCGAUCGCCCCAGCUAUAGAUAUAGAUGCUCUGGACAAUGAACCACCGCUUGCAAGACGGAAUUCGGCGUUAAGUAGUACGACGAUAGAUGAAGAGGACGCCGAGGAAAUUCAAAUCGAUCGGACCAAGGCAACGGUACCAACCUUAUUCGAGUGGAGAGAAGGCGGAGAGAAAGUUUAUGUAACUGGAACCAUAUUUCAGUGGAAUAAGAAGCAAAGAUUGAGUGCAGUAGAAGGAGAGCCGGGACUUUUGAAAGCGAUAAUUCAUGUACGACCUGGAACUCACCACGUUCGAUUUAUUCAAGAUGGCAUUAUGAAAUGCUCAGCACUUCUUCCAACAACCGUCGAUUUCGGCAACAAUCUAGUCAAUUACAUUGAAGUCAGCGCCGAUGACCUGCCUAACGAUGAGGGUUCUGUAAAUAUACCUAGCGAACCAAUUGGAGGUUCGGAAACCAAGCCUGAAAUCACCCAGCCCGAGCCAGUACCUGCAGAAGAGAGGACGAAGCCGAAGCCAGUCUCCAAGAUGAAGCGCGCAAUCUCCCAGAGUCAAUUUACUUCAGAAAUUCCACAAUACCUCAUAGAUAUGGAUAAACCCGAAGACUCCAGAGAAUACCGGUACGCAAUUGCUGCUAUAGACAAAUUGCCUCCUCCACCUACUCUCCCAGGGUUUUUGGGAAAACCUAUCUUGAAUGCCAAUGCACCGAUGAAGGAUGACAACAGUGUUCUCAUUAUGCCUAACCACACUGUUCUCAAUCAUCUAGCUACGAGCAGCAUUAAGAACAAUGUUCUUGCUGUUUCUGCCACUACGAGAUAUAAGCGAAAGUAUGUCACAACAAUCAUGUAUAAGCCUACAGCGGAGGAAUAA